ACAUUUUUGCCCGGGACUUUUAUUUUGACGGAGGGUAGGGGUGGCUAGCUCAACAAUGCUCUAAAUAUCCUGAUCCUCUCCUCAUGUUCUGGUCAGCUGAGGAUUCGCUCGUCAUGUGACUGAAGUCUGACAUGACACAAUAGUCUAAUGAAAAGUGUUGUCAUUGUGAAGUUCUUGCGAGCAAGUCGAGAUGAUGGGGUUGACGAAAGCAAGCGCUUGCAGCGUUGUUUUGCUACUUGUCGUGGCAAUUGAUACAGGGUUCUCGAAUCCCCUAAAAUCCAAGGAAUCCUGGGGCUAUGUUGACGUUCGGGAGGGGGCUCAUAUGUUCUGGUGGCUUUACUAUGCAGACAGCCCGUCAGCCAGAUACUCCCAGCUGCCUCUCGUUAUGUGGCUGCAGGGAGGCCCGGGAGGAUCAGGCUGUGGCUUUGGGAACUUUGAAGAGAUCGGACCCCUGGACAGAGACCUUGAGCCUAGGAAAAACUCCUGGGUUCAGUACUCCAGUGUAUUGUUCGUUGAUAACCCGGUAGGAACAGGCUUCAGCUACACGGACUCAAGCGAGGCCUUCGCUACUGACGUGGCUACGGUCGCCUCCGACAUGCUGGUGCUGCUCAAACAGUUCUUCAACAAGGAGGAAGAAUUCCAGAGCGUACCCUUCUACAUAUUCUCAGAGUCCUAUGGAGGGAAGAUGGCUGCCGCGAUCUCACUGGAACUCACUAAGGCUGUAGAAAAAGGAACCCUGAAAUGUAACUUUGCUGGAGUGGCUCUGGGAGACUCUUGGAUCUCUCCACUGGACUCUGUUAUGACCUGGGGUCCUUAUCUGUACACCACGUCCCUGCUAGAUGACUACGGCCUGCGGGAGGUGAGCAGUGCAGCGGAGGCGGUGAAGCAGGCGGUGGAUCAGGGGCAGUACCUGAAGGCCACAGAGCUCUGGUCUGUCACUGAGAGUGUCGUGGAACAGAACACAAACGGAGUCAACUUCUACAACAUCCUCACCCAGGAACCUGAUGAGAAGAUGUCCUCCAUGGCUGGAGAAGGAUACCUCUCCCUUCUGAUGCGGCACCACAUUAGCCCCCUCCACCGCCAAUCACUGAGCCAGUUGAUGAACGGGCCAAUCAGGAAGAAGCUGGCAAUCAUCCCUCAGAACGUCACCUGGGGAGGUCAGGCUGAGGCAGUGUUCAGCAGCAUGUCAGGUGACUUCAUGAAGCCAGUGGUGGACGUGGUGGAUCAGCUGUUGGAAGCUGGGGUCAACGUCACCGUUUACAACGGACAGCUUGACCUCAUAGUGGACACCAUGGGUCAGGAGCAAUGGGUGAAGCAGCUGAAGUGGGUGGGGCUCCAGAGCUUCAGCCAAAUGAAAUGGACUGCCCUUGAUGACCCCGCCUUCCCGGGUGUGACCGGCGCCUUCUACAAGACCUACAAGAACUUCUCCUUCUACUGGAUCCUCAAGGCUGGUCACAUGAUCCCCUCCGACCAGGGACCCAUGGCACUGCAGAUGCUGAAGAUGAUCACGCAGCAGGACUGACACACACACACACACACACACACACACACACACACACGCAUACCUUACCGCACACGCUAGAGCUGGACGAUAUGGAGACAAAAAAAUCCAUAUUGUGAUACAUUUCCUUUUUUUAUUUGUUGCAAUAUUGUUAAAUCAGUUAUUUUGAGUGGAGGUAUGCUAAAGCUGGGCCACAUGGACAAAAAGUCCUAUCGUGAUGAAUGUAACUGUGUUUAAUGGUUAGUUACUUUACAUCAGCGAAGAGCAGCGUCUGCUAAAUGACACAUGUUUAAAUGUAAAGCAGCAGCAGGGCUCUAGACGUGUUUCCAGGGCCAGGUAAGACAACUGAGACGGUAGCCUACGAUUCUAAAAGUAAGAUAUUUCAUCCAACAUAUCCAGGGAAGGUAUGGUUGAUGUGCAACCUGUCAAAAGGAUCCACAAUGAUCACAUUUAUUUUGGCCUCUUCAGAGAAUUGGCUGACAUCUUUGUGCAUAUUGUCCUCUAGGCUAUAUGAUUCACCACCUGAGGACCUCAAAACACUGAGCUAGACUACGAACUGUAGAUAUGAUAUUGUUGCUAGGUCACCAUGUAUGCUAAUUGAUUAAUUGAUCAGUAAAUGUAGGCUAAUGUCCUACAGAAACGUCCCAGCUCCAGGCCUAGGCUACUUGAUGUAGGUCUAUUCACUGCAAAUCGCGCACUCCACGAGAAGGGUGUAAUUGCGACUCGCAAUUCUGGGCAUUACUGCAUGUGGUCAUUCCUUCAUCUGCAGGAACCCCUCUUUAUAGUUCUAUUGGUCCAUGAUUAAGUUAGGACAGUGAUACACAGGCGGGAGGCAGGGGUGAGCCAGUUCAGUAGGGGGGCGGUAAUGAACCUUAACGUUGGAUGCCAACCUCCGAUAAACCCCACCUUCGCCCUCGCUUGUCGGACACUGCUUUCUCGCAGUUCUGUUAACGACGUCGAGGGCAGGCGGGAGCGAAGGACACUGUGCUAGCUCGCUAGGACACCGGUAGGCAGCAGUAACACUGGUUGGUAGCUCGCUAGGACACCGGUAGGCAGCAGUAACACUGGUUGGUAGCUAGCUAGGACACCGGUAGGCAGCAGUAACACUGGUUGGUAGCUAGCUAGGACACCGGUAGAGUUUCGUUCGCCCCUCAUACUUUUAUUUCCCUUUUGACCAACAUUAUAAUCUCAUAGAAUAUCAAGUGACCCACAAGCAUUAAGAUCAAGGCUAACCUACUUAAUGAAGUGAUUUGUUUGACAAUCAGAUGAAAACCAGUCAUGAUGUGUUCAUGCCACAUUAAAAGGUAAUACAUUUUGAUAGUUAAUUAAAUGACAUGUCUUUACACACAGGAGGUCCCGUGAAGAAAAACAUAAGUGCCUCGUUAUGGAAAUAAAAUGCCAGUCCAACUGAUUCAUCCUGGCGCCAGCCCCGAGGUACAGGCAGAGACUUUCAUAGGAGGAAACAACAUAAUGCAUAGGCUAUUACUGUUGACCACAUAAUGGUUCUAGAACAAUCCACAGGAACGUUGUGUAGCAAAAUAACCCAAAAUGUAUGCAAAAUGAUUUGGUAUGAGGAAGGCGGUGUCUGUAAUUUUGGGUUUAUCGUCCCAGCUCUAGUACGCACACACACACACACACACACACACUGAUGCCAGCUGGAAUGGCUCUCCGUCAGAUUUAAGGCAAUCAGGAAGAAUCACCAAAUAUAACCGACUGCUCAGUCCAGCAUCAUCCAUACUGUACCAUUAUCCACCACAAUCUGCUUCUAUACUGGUGCACUAUAUAGGGAAUAGGGUGCCACUUCAGAUUGUGCAUUAUAUCAGUGUUCAGCUCCCCUUGUCUCUUGCAGCAGUAGCUCUGGUCCAGGGUGUUUUUUCCGGCUUCUCUCUUCACUAUUGGAAGACACCCUGGACCAGAGCUACUACAGGGGAUGCGGACCGGUACUCAACAUCUGAUCUAACUGAUUGAUUUCCUUUGUACAUUUGAGCGUGAGAACAAUAAUAAUUAAAAACAGCUUUUUUUUUCUAAA